AUGUCUUCCGCGGCCUGCGGAUUCUUCUCUGGAGUCUCGGUAGUCUCACCCCUUUCGCCAUUAGAUCGCUGCGCAGCUCGUAAUAAGAACGAUACCGUUUUCAACAGCUUUCGGAGGCGUAGCCAAGUCAGAGUCAACCCGUUCCUCGCGGAAAAGCGGAGGAGCGUUACGGCGUCGGUCAAGCUAUCCACCACAGCGGCUGCUGCCCAGCGUGAUGCGUCUGAUGCGGCGCUUAUUGACUGUAGCCGAGUCGUAACCCCUUCGUCCAGCGCGUUAGAUUCGGCUAGCGUCACCCCUCCGGCCGUUACUCCUCCGCGCACCGAAGCCGUCGCGAAGCUUCCGUCGCCCAAGAUGGACCGUCGCACGCUUCUCGGACUCGGCCUUGCGACGGUCGCUGCGACGGGAGCCGCGGAGCUGGGAUUAGUCGACGCGGCUUUGGCUAAGACCGUAGAGCCUUCUAAGAAGCAGCCUAUGUGGUUCUUAGGCGACGCGGCAGGGGGUGUGGACGGAGAGGGGGGGCUGUUGGGUAAUAGCGCAGCAGCGGCGAGUAAGUCGCGCGUGUAUGACGCUACAACGGUUGGCGAGCCGGCUCUUGUCGGGGAUAAGACGAAGGCGUGGGAGAGGCUGCUGGCGGCGAAGGUGGUCUACCUUGGCGAAGCAGAGGUCGUUCGCGAUCCCACGGAUAAGGCGGUGGCUCUCGAAAUUCUUCGCAAGCUGCGCGACGAGUCGUUCGCCGCGGGUCGGCCGGUCACUCUCGCGCUCUCCGCGUUUCCGCGCUCCAUGCAACCGCUGCUCGACAAGUUUAUCGGAGGAAGGCUUCCUGAGGAUGAGCUCCAGGUGGCAGUCAACUACUGGCCCAAGGGCCGCUUCCAGGAGAUGUUACCACUCCUUCGCUACUGUCGCGAAGCAGGAAUUCGCCUGUUCGCGUGCGGCGUGCCCCCCAAGGUGCUUCGCACAGUGCAAGCCGGUGGCAUUCAAGCUCUCUCCCCGUCGGACCGCAAAAAGUACGCGCCGCCGCUUGGAGGCGGCUCGGCCGCCUUCCUGCGGCCCGACAGCACCUCUGCCGUCCCUUCGUACGGCACCGCCCCGACCGGCGGCUCGUCGGCACUAGCAGGCGGCGGCAUCAGCAGCAUCAGCGGCGGCAACGGCGGGCUGCUGGGAAUCGAACCCAUCGCGAACGCCGCCGAGCCUCUCGUCUCCCGAACCUCCUCCCGAGCCUCGUUCCCGUUCGGCCCGGGCCCGUACUGGUUCGCGCAAGCGCGAGUGGUAGAGGAUCACGCUAUGGCCGGUGCGAUCUCGCAGGCGAUGUCAGAAGGCGGGAAAAUCGGGCUUCUAGUCGUUCUAACCGGCGCGUCGCACGUGCGAUUCGGCGCCAAUGGUCGCGGCGUGCCGUCGCGCGUCGCGGAUUGGCUGCGCGCGUCGCCGGCGUCGCAGGCCGUCGUGCUGCUCAACCCCGAGCGGCAGCGCGCGCGGCUCGAGUCCGAUUUCCCCGAGGCGGAUUUCUUCUGGUAUUCGGGCAGCUGGGCGUGCACGCGCAACUGCUUCGACCGCGCGGAGAUCGCGCGCGUGAUGGGCGCCGCUGGGCGCACCCCCGACGCGCUCCCGCGCGACCUGCAAGUCGGGAUCGAGCGCGGAUUAAUCUCCCCGGACACGCUCCAGUCCUUUUUCGAGCUCGAGAACAACCCGCUAAUCGCGGAGGCGACGAAGCGGUUCGAGGGAUUGCGCGAGCGGUUCUACGCGGAUCCGCGAUUCCUGCAGCGGCUGUGCACGGAGGAGGCGAUUAGCAUUGCCACGUCACUCGCCGCGCAGUUUCAGAAGCGCGGGGAUCGAUUCUGGUCGGAGCUCGAAUACGUUUCCGCGGAUAUUCUCCGCGGCACGGUGGUGAACUUUUUUUCGGUUUGGCUGCCCGCGCCGCGGCUCUCCUUCAGGGAUGCCGCGGGUCCGGCCGCGCAGGCGGCCGGGGGGGCAGCUGGGGAAAAACUUUUUGGCGGGCUGACCGCGUGGAUUUCCACGCUGCCCCACAACGCGUUUCAAAUGGCCGGGCCCGGGCAGAAUUUCGGUCUGGCAGAACGAAUCGGAACGGUGGUGGUGGCGGGCACGAAACUGUUUUCGGUCGGAUUCGUUUCGAGCGUGGCGACGCUGUCGCUGACGAAUUUCCUGGCGGACAUGAAAAACAAGCUGCCCGCGAAAACAACGGAGCAGGCAGCCAAUGGGCAGGUAACCACAGAAACGGAAACUGGAGUGGCAGGGGCGGUGGGAGGGGGGGUGGCAGGUUCGGGAACUGCAGCAGCAGCAACUGCAGGGGAAGCAGGCACAAAUGGCAGCGGAUCUACAGUAGCGUCUACAGUAACAAAAUCUACAGUAGCGAGAUCGCCCGUGUUCAAAACGGCGCUGGUGUACGGCGCGUUCCUGUCCACGUCAGCGAAUCUGCGGUACCAGGCGAUCGCGGGGAUUGUGGAGCAUUGGAUUGCAGACCAUUAUUUGGCGUCUUAUCCCCUUGCGGGAACUGCUGUUUCUUUCCUCGCCCGCACCGCCAACUCCUACUGGGGCACCUCGUUUUCGCUUGGUCUGCCUCUCUUUCCCCCCCUGUCUCCAGCAGUGUGUGCACCCUGUCUCACAAUCCCUACAUCCCUCCCCCCCGCUUCGCCUUUUUCCUCCCUUCCACUCCCAACCUACAGCAAUGGGUGGAUCUCGCUCGCUUCACAGGCCUGCAGCAGUCACCCAAGCCAGCAGCAGCAGACGCUGCUGUGA